AUGUUUGGAGGCAGGAAAAGUGAAAUCAAGGCAUUUGAUGAUUCAAAGACUGGUGUCCAAGGACUGGUAGAAAAUGGUGUAACAAAAGUUCCACUUAUGUUCUAUUGUGAAAACUCUAAUCUCAAUGAUGGUGUAACCAAUGCAUCAAAUUCAAAGAUCAGCAUCCCCAUAAUUGACCUCACAGGCAUCCAUGAUGAUCCUAUUUUGAGAGAUCAUGUUGUGGGAAAAGUUAGAUAUGCAUGUGAGAAGUGGGGCUUCUUUCAGGUUAUAAAUCAUGGAAUUCCAACUCAGGUUUUGGAUGAGAUGAUCAAAGGAACUUGCAGGUUUCACCAACAAGAUGCAAAGGUGAGGAAAGAGUACUACACUCACAAAGUAAGCCAAAAAGUUGCUUAUCUUUCCAAUUAUACUCUUUUUGAAGACCCUUCUGCUGAUUGGAGGGAUACACUUGCAUUUUCCUUGGCACCUCAUCCACCCGAAGCUGAAGAAUUUCCUGCAGUUUGUAGGGAGAAGAUGGAUGUCAUUGAUUUGGAAGAUGAGAGUAUUGAUGCUGAAGUACUGAAUUCUAUGGCAGUUUCAAAUGAGCAUUUCCAUACUGCUCUGGGAACAAGCAAUCCAUCUGCUUUACGAGAAAUUGUUGUUGAGGUGCCUAAUGUCAGCUGGGAGGAUAUUGGAGGCCUUGAGAAUGUCAAGUGUGAGCUGCAAGAGACUGUUCAAUAUCCUGUGGAGCACCUAGAAAAAUUUGAGAAGUUUGGUAUGUCACCAUUAAAAGGGGUUCUCUUCUAUGGUCCUCCAGGAUGUGGAAAAACUUUGUUGGCCAAAGCAAUUGCUAAUGAAUGUCAAGCUUGAUGAAAAACUUUGUUGGGGCCCAGAAUUGCUCACUAUGUGGGUUGGUGAAAGUGAAGCCAAUGUUCGAGAAAUUUUUGACAAGGCCAAACAAUCAGCUCCAUGUGUCCUCUUCUUUGAUGAGCUUGAUUUCAUUGCUACUCAGGUCUAUUUUUGUACUUCGCAUCCAUGCAGGCCAGGUUGAAUUAAAUUAUGUGGCUGGGUUGAAAGGAAUUGUAUGAUUUUGUUGCCAAAUCUGUAGAUGAUUUAAGGAGAUAAUGUUACACGGUGUUUUUCUUAUGUCUAAGUUGGUUUUUCCUAGAAAUGUUCUAAAGUAUCAUCAACGCAUGUUGCGUGCACCUGGGAGGCUGAGACAAACUCAUCAAAACAUUGUAUCUCAAGAGAAUAGUGCACCACCAUUUCCUUCUUUUU